AAACGUUGGUAAAAUGACAAAAUCAUUUUGAGAUAGUACCAUCCAGUCUGGAGUCAAAUGCAAUGCAACAAUCAAAUUGAAAUCUCAAUCUAUCAAUUGAUCUUUGAAAUUAUCGAGCAGCAAAAAAUUCAUUUGUAGAGCUUUACACUCAGAGAAUUAUAGAGUUUGAUUUGAAGGAUGCAUUUGAGCGAGAACGAAGGGAUAGAGAACAACACCUUCGUGGUGACUGGCGGGCUGGGUUUCGUGGGUUCGGCCCUUUGCUUAGAGCUCGUUAGAAGAGGCGCUCGUAAGGUUCGAGCCUUUGAUCUUCGCACCGAGUCUCCUUGGUCCAAUGAUCUUCGCCGUCACGGCGUUGACUGCAUCCAGGGUGAUAUUUCUCACAAACAAGAUGUCGAUAAGGCUUUACGCGGGGCAGACUGUGUCUUCCACCUUGCUUCGUAUGGCAUGUCUGGUAAAGAAAUGAUCCAGUAUGGUCGUGUAGAUGAGAUAAACAUAAAUGGAACCUGCCAUGUCCUCGAUUCUUGCCUGGAUAAUGGGGUUCAGAGACUGGUAUACGUGAGCACGUACAAUGUUGUGUUUGGUGGAAAAGAAAUUGUGAAUGGAAACGAAAGCUUACCUUACUUCCCCAUGGAUGACCAUGUGGAUCCAUAUGGCCGUAGCAAAUCUAUAGCUGAACAAUUAGUCCUGAAGAGCAAUGGGCGUCCCUUCAAAAAGAAGAAAGGGAAAUGUCUCUAUACCUGUGCAAUCCGUCCCGCUGCCAUAUAUGGACCAGGUGAAGAAAGGCAUUUUCCAAGGAUUAUAAAUCUUGCUAAGUUAGGUCUUGUGCCAUUUAAAAUUGGCACGACGAGUGUAAAAACAGACUGGGUUUAUGUGGAUAACCUUGUAUUGGCCCUGCUCUUAGCUAGUAUGGGACUUUUGGACAACAUACCUGGGAGAGAAGGACGCCCAGUUGCUGCUGGUCAACCUUACUUCAUAUCAGAUGGGUCUCCAGUGAACACUUUUCUAUUCAUCCGUCCACUACUCAAAAGCUUGGACUAUGACUUGCCGAAGAUGUCAUUAGCUGUUCCACAUGCUCUUUUUCUAGGAAACCUAUUUUGGGCUUUCUACACAGCUUUGUAUCCAUGGUUGAGUAAGAAGUGGCUUCCUCAGCCCUUGAUCCUUCCUGCUGAAGUAUACAAGGUUGGCGUAACCCAUUACUUCUCUUUCUUAAAGGCAAAGGAGGAGCUGGGCUACAUCCCAAUGGUGAGUCCCCAAGAAGGUAUGACUGAAACCAUUGCAUACUGGCAAGAGAGGAAAAAGAGAACACUGGAUGGACCAACCAUAUACGCAUGGCUGUUCAUUGUGAUUGGAAUGAUUUCUCUGUUUUCUGCUGCAUACAUGCCUGAUUUUGGUCCCAUUCCCUUGCUUAGAGCAAUCAGCCUUUUCUUUGUACGCUCCAUGUGGGGUCUAAAGAUGUUUUUCCUUCUAGCCGUAGCAACACAUAUUGGUGAGGCUAUAUAUGCUUGGAAACUUGCGAAAAAGGUGGAUCCUGUGAAUGCCAGAGGAUGGUUUUGGCAGACUUUUGCUUUGGGAAUAUUUUCAUUGCGUUUCUUGUUGAAGAGGGCCAAAAUGUAGGUAUAUGUCUUUCCCUGUAGCCUGCAUGUACCUUAACAGAAAGGAAAAUUGAUGAAAUAGACGCCAGAUAUAGUUGUACCAUUUUGAAGAGGGACACUGGUUUGUCUGAGAGAUGAAUCCUUUUUUUUAUUUUAAUUUUUUUUAGGGUCCUCUUUUUCUUCUUUUGUCCCGUUUAACUUCUUGUAAUACUAUUAACCAGCCGGCCAGCAGAUUAGAGGGAGAAAGAGAGAGGGUCCGGAGUCCAAGGGAUGGAGAGCCUCCAGAAGUGGUUAUAUUUAAAUUAAUCCAUAUUUAUAGUGAGAGAAAAAUCUGACUCUCAUUCCCAAAAAGGGAGACAUUUUUUCUCUGUAGUUGGCUGCUUAUUCUUCUAUUUGUAUAACAAUUAUUGCACCUCUAUGAAAACUAAUCAUUUUGCAGACA